GAGAGACGGUCGGCCAGCUUGGAGGUGGCGGAGGACAAUUCUGAUUGUAACAUAAACUGGAAGCGGCGCAGGAGCUCAGCAUCCCGCAGAGAUGGCAUGGGAGACUGCUGGGACUGCUGGGAUGGGUCCUCCACACUGCCAUGAUCCGACCCACCUGCAGAUGGUGAUGGCAUGGGACCCAAAAUUGCGGCUGGGGCUCCAUUUAAGGUCCCGGGCGGGAGCCGCGAAUCCACGGCCGGGGUCCUGGAAGUGGUCGGCGGCCGGCCCAAAAUCGAGGCCGCGGCUUCAGCCGCGACCUCCGGCG